AUGGGAGACACCGAGAAUUCAGCUCUUAGACAGCUUUCCUUCUUGCUCGACGGACGGGCUUCUAGGCCUCGUGGGAGCAACGACCGCUGGCGCUCCAUGCCCUUCGGUCAGAAAACUGGCCGAUCCGUCAUCUGUCCCGAUUCUCACGAGACUCUGAGAGACGAUGUCAGUGUUGAUGGAAGUCCUCGAAGCAUUCCGACUUUCGAAGAUGCUGAUGAAGAGAUCAUACGGCCCUCUCUGGCGUCCCGCCCAGGUCCGCAUAGACCUCAGCCAUUCAAAUCCUUUUUCAAGGAUUAUGUGUCGGGCCCCGGCACCGUACGAUCUAAACGCCCUCUAUUUCCUGGAGUUACGGAGAACACUACGACAUCGAGUACUCGCGACAAACCAAGUGAGCUCGACGAGCUCUUCCGUAGUCUGUUCACAGAACACGCAGCUGUUCUGGGAAGCAUUAUAGACGAUAAAACCAAGCAGAAAGAGAAGAAGAUCCAAAGUCGCUGGUCAUCCCUGCACUUCGCAGCACAGAAAGGAAGUUCCACACUGUGCCGUGCGUUGCUUGACAGCGGAGCGGAUGUGAACUGUCGCGAGGAUGACGAGUGGACUCCGCUGAUAAUCGCGGCUCAAAAUGGGCAUGAAGAAGCGUGCCGUACACUGAUCGAACGCAAGGCAGACAUCAACGCUUUGGCAGAGGACGGACGCAGUGCCCUUUUCCAGGCCUGCCAGAACGGCCAUCUAGAGGUCGUCAAGCUCCUGAUCGCGGAAGGUGCCGACAUUGAGUCUACAACAAGGGAUGAAUUCACUCCCCUCGUCGUAGCGGCGGCCAGCUACUCCCUCAAAGACAAUCAGGGCUGCAUGGAGAUUGUGAGGGCUCUCGUGGCGGCUGGCGCCAAAGUCAAUAACAUCGGGUCCGGAAAACAUAGCCCGUUGGCCUUGGCGUGCCUCAAUGAGAAGCCGGAACUGGUCCACUGUUUGCUCGAAAACGGCGCGGACCCCAACACGGACGGGUUGGCGGGCAAGACCUGCCUCGCGGUUGCCAGCCACGAGGCCUCUCCCGAGAUUGUGAAAGCGCUGCUCAAACACGGGGCCAAGGUCAAUGCCACGGAAGAGACCAACUGGACGCCGCUCCAUCUUGCCGCCCAGUUCGACAAGCCCAACACGCUGGAGGUGGUCGAGAUCCUGGUCGCUGCCCGGGCCGAUCUCAACGCCCAAGUCGACAGGGGCGCCACUGCACUGUUCCUUUCCGUCCAGUCGAAGCGGACGGAUGUUGCUGAGUUCCUGAUCAGAGCGGGCGCCGACCCCAACCUCUGCACUUACACCGGCAUGACACCGCUCUUCCGAGCCGUUGCUGAUUCGAACUUGAGGCUCGUCAAUAUGCUGCUCGAGCAUGGAGCCCGGACGAAUAUUGUCGACGCUAGAGGCAUGAAUAUCGUCCACUAUGCAGCCCUACAGGAUAAUCCCGCACUCUUGAGGAGAGUCCUAGACACCGAGGCAGAGAGAGAACUGCAGAGCACUGAUGAUCACAAAGUCAGGCCAAUACACUUAGCUUGUCAAAACGAUAAUGAAGAGAUUGCUAUGGUCUUUCUGGAGUACGGGGUCAAGCCGAAUUGA